CAGAUGUAUCUUUGAAGAUUAAAGAAAAAAAUAUUUUGUUUAAAAGAAACGAUUGAACAGGCUUUGCCUUCAUAUUUUAUGUUUUUUAUCAACACAAGAAAAUAACGUUGUGAUUACAUACUCUUUGGCUGUCAAAGCGGCCAAAACAAAAGUCAAGAAGUGGUCAAAAAUCACCAAAAAUGGACAGUGGUUUCCAAUGGAAGUCCAUUUGUUUAUAUUUUUAACUGACUUCUCUGCUAAAUAAUCAAUUUUUACUAAUAAAAUGGCUUCCAAAUUACUAGCACUUAGAAGUGUUAUAAUUAAGCCCCUAAGUUUGGCUGUAAAUACAAGACCGCAAUAUCAAAAUACUGUGUAUAACCUCAAAAACUUUAGUACUACUUCAGUAGUUUCAAUUACUUUUUUCAAUAAAUUGCCUGCAGAAAAAUUAUGGAAGUCGGUUACUUCAGUAAGUAAUGCAGGAGCUAAGAAGGGUCGUGGUAAAGGUGCAGGACGGAUUCGGAUUCGAGAUUUGAAUCGUGGACAGAUGAUUGGUGUGGGGAAGAUUAACAUGCUGUGGCCUGGCUUAUCUGCACCAGUCAUAAGGGGGAGAGAAUUGCUUAAGCAGCAACGCCUUCCCGAUGACCCCGAAAGGAUGGAAAAGCUGAUUAAGCUCAGAGAUUCAAUGACGAAAUUCCGAAGAUUAAAACUUAGCCCCAUAGAAAGAGGUUGGUCAGGCUCACGCAUGCCUGGUCGCAGUAUCGGACCACCAGAUCCAGUUGGAGAUGAGGAGUUCACUGGUUUUGACACAAAAGUCCUUCAACUCAGAUCUUUGCUCAUCAUGAAAGGAAGUCUUGGGCGCACCAGAAAUUUUCAAGCUAUGGUUGUCACAGGCAAUGGUCAAGGUUUGGCGGGAUUUGGUAUUGGAAAGUCGAAAGAAGUACCAGCCGCUUUAAGAAAAGCUAAGAACAGGGCUGGAAAGAAACUCAUGCAUUUUGAAAUAUAUGAUGGACAUACAAUAUUCCACGAUUUCUUCACUGCAUUUGGAAAAACUAAAAUCUAUGUUCAGAAAAAGAAUAAGGGAUAUGGAUUGAGCUGUCACAGGGCGAUCAAGGAAAUCUGUCAAGCGAUAGGCAUCAAAGACCUCAGAGCCAAACUUGAGGGUUCAAACAACUUGCAGCAUAUUGUUAAAGCUUUCUUCAUUGGAUUGUUACAACAGAGGACACAUCAACAACUGGCUGAAGAUAAGAAACUUCACUUGGUCGAAUAUAAAACAGAAAACGAAGAAUACCCCACCGUAGUCGCCAGUCCUAGUUACGUCAGAACCAAAGAGGAAAUCCCUAAAGACGAGACAUUAGAUUUCAUUCAAUACGUCAUGAACGAUAGAGUCAUUCUCAAAAGAAAGAAGUUCCCCCGUUUCUAUGAGACGAUGCCACACUAUGAAAUUUUCCUCAAGAAAUACGAAAAGUACAGAAAUCAUGAGAAAAUUCGAUUGAACUUGAAAACUGAGUAUGGUGAAGUUAAAAGCUUUUUAAACGACAAGUAUCCUGAACCAAAGGAGGAGAAGGAUAAGGAAACAUAGAUAUCUAAUUUAUAGGCAAUAGUUUAGAUUAAAUAAUUGUAUUAUAUUAUUUAAAUAAAUAAUUAAAAUAACA